AUGCUCACACCAGGGCUCAUGUGGACAGACGACGGCCAAGUUAUUGAGCUGGACGUAUUUCUCAAAAGAAUCUAUUCUGGAAUAUCAUGGCGCGAACAAAAAGCGGCCAACAAAGAAGUGCACUCACAAAAGGAGAAUGUGCAGGGCCAGAAAGGGGACUUUCGUGGGAUUGCUGGGCCUGAAGUGUUGACCAAAAACGGGCGAAUACGUGGUAAGACCUUGGACAAGGCGCAUGUGUUUUAUGGGGUCCCAUAUGCUGGUCAACCCACAGGGGCUUAUCGUUGGAAGCCUCCCAGAGCAGUGAGUCCGUGGACAGGGGUGUACGACGCCACCUAUGCCCGGGCUGCGUGUAUGCAGGCCUGCGCUGGGCUCUACAGCCAGGAGUGCCCCAAACAGCUGAGUGAGGACUGCUUAUACCUGAACAUCUUCAUCCCUCUGGAUGUGAACCUGAGCGUGCCGCUGUGGAACCCUCUGCCGGUGCUGGUCUGGAUCCACGGCGGAAAUUUCAUUGCCGGACACUCCUCCAAACCGUUGUACGAUGGCCGGUUCAUCAGUAACUUCACCCGCACUGUGGUAGUCAGCCUGGACUACCGACUAGGUGCGUUUGGGUUCCUGGUGUCUGGAAAGGACCCUCUCUCGUCAGCAGUGGGGAACUAUGGGCUAAUGGACCAGCAGGCCGCUCUGCUCUGGGUCCAACGCAACAUCGCUGUGUUCGGAGGAGAUCCAGGGAAGGUUCUCUUUCUCUGUGCAAAGCUGCUGAACCCGUUCCGCUUCUUGGAGGUAUUUGAGACGUGGGGGCCAUGUGUAGACGGAGAACUGAUCAAGGAGCAGGCGGUGAGGGCCUUCCGGAUGGGACACUGGCAGAAGGACAAGCCUGUGCUCCUGGGCACCACAUCAGAGGAGGGAGUUCUGUUUGUGUACGCUGUCUUUAACAAGCCGGUGUCGGCCGUGGAGAGUACCGUGUACAUAACAGCCAUCUUCAAACAGCACACGCUCCGCAUCCUGCACAAGUACCUCCCACUGUUCCACGACACAGACCGCAGGGGAAUGCUCGCACAGGUGAGUCAUCUCGUACUGCAAUAA